AUGAGGCUUUUGCUUCCAUUUUCAUCCGCCACGUCACCAACGGUGACACCGCCGCAAUCGUUCCCGGAAUACCCUCCUCCGUCACAACUUGACUGCUCUGGUCGUCUAAGUAAAAUUUUCAAAAAGUCGGUAAUCGGAACCCUAACCGGAGCUCUCUCGUUAACUCUCGUAUUCUCGUCGCCGAUUUCCUCCGUUGCUGCUGAUAUUGACCCUUAUCUAUCUCUGAAUCCGCCUGAUUCUUCUCUGAAUUACUUCGAUUCGUCUCCGGAAGAUUGCCCUAAUGAAGAAGAAGCUGAUACUGAGACCCCAGAGGAUGAAAUCAAGCCGCAGUUAGUAACUAAUGAAGGGAUUGUUGAAGAAGCUUGGGAGAUUGUUAAUGGCGCUUUUCUCGAUACUCGAAGCCAUAGAUGGACUCCUGAAACUUGGCAGAAACAGAAGGAAGAGAUAUUGGUUAGUCCAAUUAAGAGUAGAUCAAAGGCUCAUGAGGUGAUUAAGAAAAUGUUAGCCAGUUUGGGUGACCAAUACACUCGAUUUCUCUCACCGGAUGAGUUUUCCAGGAUGUCGAAGUAUGACAUCUCCGGUAUUGGAAUAAACCUUAGAGAAGUUUCUGAUGGUGGUGGAAAUGUAAAGUUGAAGGUUCUUGGUCUUGUACUGGAUGGUCCUGCUGACAUCGCUGGCGUGAAACAGGGAGAUGAAAUUAUUGCUGUCAAUGGAAUGGAUGUUAGUGGGAAAUCAUCAUUUGAAGUAUUAUCUUUGUUACAAGGCCCUAGUAAAACUUAUGUGGAACUCAAGGUGAAGCAUGGGAAAUGUGGACCACUUAAGUCAAUUGAAGUCCAGAGACAAGUUAAUGCGCAGACUCCAGUCUCUUAUCGGCUGGAAAAAGUUGACAAUGGGAAAAUCUCUGUCGGGUAUAUCCGAUUGAAAGAGUUCAAUGCCUUGGCUAGAAAAGAUUUGGUGACUGCAAUGAAACGACUCCAAGAAAAGGGUGCAUCUUAUUUCGUAAUGGAUCUUAGAGAUAACCUUGGUGGACUUGUGCAGGCUGGAAUAGAAACUGCUAAGCUGUUCCUAGAUGAAGGGGAUACGGUGAUAUAUACAGCCGGGAGAGACACCAAGGCUCAAAAAACUGUUCUUGCAGAUGGAAAACCGUUGAUCACUGCCCCACUUAUUGUAAUGGUAAAUAACAGAACAGCAAGUGCUAGUGAAAUUGUGGCUUCUGCACUUCAUGAUAACUGUAAAGCAGUUCUUGUUGGCGAACGAACUUACGGAAAGGGUUUGAUUCAAUCGGUGUUUGAACUCCGAGAUGGUUCAGGAGUUGUUGUGACAAUAGGAAAGUACGUCACACCUAACCAUAUGGAUAUCAAUGGUGGUGGAAUUGAACCUGAUUUCAGAAAUUUACCAGGUUUAGUUAAAUUCUUGAAUCUUUGA